AUGGAUUUACCUGCCACCAGGCCGGCCACUUCGGCUAGGCGCAAGAACACCUCCAAGGCCUGCGAUGAAUGCCGGCGCCGUAGAGCAAAGUGUGAUGGCCAGCGCCCGGUAUGCUCGCGCUGUCAAGUGCGGUCGUUGAGCUGCCAGUACCGGGUCGAGGAGGAUGGCCGCAGACCGGCUCCGAAAUCGUAUGUGGAAAUGCUACGAGGACGGAUGGAUCUGCUCGAAGGGAUUCUACGAUCUCAUUCGAUUGAUGUUGAUGCAUCUAUUGCUGCAUUACGCUCAACAAAAGACGAGGCUACCGCUCCUGCAUCUGGCGUCCCUGACGAUUCUGGUGUGGAGGAGCUAAGUGCAGCAUUUGAAGGUGCAUUCUCCCUAGAUGAGUCUAUUAACUAUGAUCAAGAUGGGGAGAUCCGCUACUAUGGCGCAACAAGUGGCCGUCUGGGUUUCCAGUCCCCGCGAGAGAGUGCGAACUGUACUUCCGCAUCAAACUCGUCGCACAGCCGCCCUUGCAAUAACCCUGCGAUGACUCGGAUGAAGUAUGAUAGCUUCUUGAAGACAAUGGGGCAGGAUUCGACCCCUGAAAAGCUCAAGGAACACCUCAUCACGCUGUAUUUCAAGUGGCAGCAACCAUGGUGCCAGGUCGUCAGUGAGCGAUUGUUUCGGGAAAGCGAGAAGAAUAGUGGCCGAUAUUCCAGCCCGCUGCUGUUGACGUGUAUACUUGCCCUUGGUUCCCGGUUUACCGACAGGCUGGAUGUCCGCUCCGACCCGGACGAUCCAAAUACCGCUGGGUCUGCAUUCAUAGAGAGGGCUGAGGUGCUGCUUCACUACGAUUUGAAGUGGCCCAGCCUAACGACCAUUCAAGCCUUGGGUAUCAUGAUAGAAAUAUAUACAAGCACUGGCCAAGAUGCGGCGUCGUGGCUUCAUCAAGGAAUGGCCAACCGGCUCGCGCUUGACAUGGGUCUUAACCUCGACGGCGAGACUCUGAUUGAAACACAGUGUAUAACCCUCGAGGAGAUCGAAUUAAGGCGACAGAUAUUCUGGGCUUUGUACUGUGACGACAAGCUUUCAGCUGCCUACACAGGCAGAGUCUGUACAAUGCUGGAAAUUCAACAUAAACUCAACCUGCCUUCAAUUCCAAGUCCGGGAAGUUCGGAUGCCAUCAAUCCUUACGUUCCCACUCUCCUCCUCCGAGCGCUAAUCCGCUUGUCGCAAAUAACAGAGAAGACAAUACUUGGGUUAUAUGCCCCGAACGCCAGCCAUCGCAAAUCCCCCGAUAUCCUGCCCUUUAUAGAAUCCCGCAUCCUCGAUCUUCAGACAUGGUAUUAUGACUUGCCAUCAGAGCUGCGUAUUGACCGGUCUUCAUCUGCAAAUACCCAGCCGCAGGUUUAUACACUUCUGAUGGUAUACCAUACCAACUACAUCCUGCUUCUAAGGCCCUUAACAUCUGGUCUGGCUCCUGAUGCACAUGGGAAGAUUGUUACCCUGGCACAAAAGGCCAGCUCAAUGAGUAUAAAGGCCGCAAAGCAAAUAUGCCUAAUAGGAAAAAAGUACCAACAAGUCUUUGGCUCCUUUCGUCAGAGUCCGGUUACUGCAACCCACUGCUCGCUUUCGGCUGCGGUGGUCCUGAUCCAUGCGGAACUCGUGCAGAGUGGACCUGAAUCCGGGACAAGUAAUUAUAGCGAUCUUCAGACAUUGUUGAAUAUUUUGGGAGAGCUUUCAAUCUCAUGGGAUAUUGCACGACGGAUACGUCGGAGUCUCAUAGAAACGUUGGAGAAGAAAUAUCCCGGUGUUUAUUCUCACGAUUUGCCACAUACGGUGAAAAGUAACAACAUAUCGAGCGAAGGGAUGCAGGUACCGAGCUCGAGUAUUGUAUCAGAACCUUGGAAUCUCGUCAGCCCGGAGAUGCAGGACACUGGUGGCCCUCGCGAUCUCGAUAUAGGACAACUUGCGGACGCAAACCUGCUGGGAGAGCAAUUAUCGUAUCCCGCAUUCUUGGAAUCGAUUCAAGCGACAGCUCCGUCGAUCGAGGGCCCUAUGGAAGCAGUGAAUAAUAUCGAUGGGCUCGAUGAUUUCCUCCAGUGGCCGGCGUUCGCUGAUUUGGACAUGGAUCUGAAUAAUGCCGGGGCAUUACCCGGGGAUUAUCACUUCUUCGACUCGGUGAGCCAUCUUAACGGAGAUGGUAGGAUCAAUUAG